AUGCUGGUCGGGCGUCUACGACGCCGCUCGGCCAUCAUCGCCAUCGCCGCUCUCUUCGCCUCUUACCUCCUGCACCUGGCAGCUGCGGCACCUGCCUCAGGGUGGGGAUUCGACGAGCUCAGCCGGAUUUUCCAGCACGAACCGCCCGUCCAAGAAGCUUCAGACGUCUCUCCCAGCCUGGUCCACCCUGUUCCUUCGCCUUACCAUGUUCAGGAGCCUCAGCAGCGAAACCCGACUCACGCCGAUACCUGGCAGCAUCUCCUUGCUACCGGCCAAUGGCACGACGCUCCUCCGUUGCCGAUCUCUCACCAAUCCGGCUCCCACCAGCCCCUGCCUCGUCACAGCUUGGCGGUCGACGCCUUGCAGCACCCGCACGAAUCCUACACCUGGCCAGACUCGACCGGGCUUUUUGCCCGACCGCAUCCGAGCCACGAAGAAUCGGUCGCCCUCGAUCAUCCCGCUGCCCGGGUCGCUCACGGCUGGGACACGUUGGCCCCUCCUCGGCAUCCCCAGCCUGCUCCACCUUCAAGCCAUUUCGCUCAGCUCGAUGCGGGUCUGCCCGAAUACGGCCACGACCAGGACCAGUCCUGGCACCCGGCGGCUUUCUCGGUCGAUCGUCACGGCUGGUAUUCGUUGCAGCCCGGUCCGUCGUACAGCCAUCAAGGCCACGCCGAGCCCGAGGCCGGCGCGUUUGACGAGCUUGCCCCGCUCUUGAACCAGGCGCCUCGACACUCGGUCCAGGAUGCAGGCGACCAAGGCGCUUUGCGACACGCGCCGCGUCUGCCGUCGCCAGAAUCGUCGUCGGAGGAUACCACGCAGCUCUCAGUCGCAGCGAGCUCUGGCACCAUCACGCCGGAACGAGAGACGUCAAUCCUGCGAAAGGGCAGAGAGCUUCUGCAACCAGUCAGACUCGUAAGCUUGGUCGUGGACGAGCGUAGGCGGUACGCCUUUGUCGCGGACGAUGCCCUUCUCGAAUGGCUGCAGGAGGUCCUCGAGAUGCGACGGGGCCUCCUGAGUGGCAAGGCCGCCGAGGUGUGGAGCGAGCUGACGAUCAAGGUGCGGCCGAGAUCGUCGGACGAAAAGGCCAGCCUCCAAUCUGCUCGAAUGGCACUGAUGGAGUUCAAGGUCAAAAGGGCCGAGUCGUCGUCGUCGUCGUCUCCCGGGCCAUUCACGGCGGUCACGACGCCGCUCGAUGACUUUGCGAUCGGCGACUGGCGUAUCCACGGCCGCAAGCGCGGGACCAACCAGUAUGGCAUGGACAUGGCCCGGCCCGGGGUGUACACAUUCUUUGCCUUCCACCUCGACCCGGACCUCGCGGUCGCGCUGGGAGAGGUCAAGGUCUCGUCUGCUGUGGCGGAUAGGCUGGCAGCCGGCGCGCAGACGCGUCCGGUGCCGCAAAGAGCACCACAAGUGGCGCCGAUCGACUGGCGAUUAUCGAGCAAAGCCGCAAUGCCGCCGCAACCAGAUCUGCACUGGCUCGAAAACGAGGGGGCGAGGGCGCUCGACACGGGCAGGCUCCGGAGGGCCGAAGCCAACCGCUUGAAAAGAAGACCAUGCCUGAUCGGCGACGACGAGGCGCGCGAGUGGCUGCAGAGCGUCUACCAGGCGCGACGCCGGUUCGUGGUGCCCGAGGAAGCGGGGCGGUGGCGCCUGCUCCGGUUCCGCGUCUACGCCGACGACAUGCUGGGCGUCAGCGGGCCGAGGAUCUACAAGAACUUCCGCGCCAACAAGGAGCGACAGGCGCGGUAUGCGACCACCGCCGGGCCCUUUGGACACGCGCUCCAGACGCCGCUCGACGACUUCUCCGUCGCCGGCUACCAGAUCCGCAUCCGCGCACCCGGCACGGCGUCGUACAGCACCAAGGGCGCGCUGGCGGGCGUCUACACCGUCCUCGCCACGCCCAACGACGACCUCGACAGGGGCACCUACAUCGUCAUCGGCAAGAUCGAGGUCGAAGAGGUCCCCGGCUUGCCUCGUAGCGUGCGACCGGGUCUCCGCGUCUGGAGGCCGUCGCUCCCGGGCGAGGAAGGAGGCGAAUUUGCAGGACCCUCGGCCAGCCCAAGCCAUCCUCUGCCGCAGCUCGCUCCGGGCCCUGAUUCAGGGUACGAGUGA